UCAUUUGUCAAUUGAUUUUCGAUGUCAAAUGUCAUGUAAUUUUCAGAGAUUUUCGUACAGUGUGUUCACUGUUUGUUAUUUUAAUAUGUUUCCAAUUAUUAUUUUAUAUGUGUUUUCUUCAGUCAAAAUAUGUUUUAGUUAUUUGUAUCAGUGAAUUUCAUGACGCUUAAUAUUGAAAAUUAAUCUGCGAUCUUUCGUAUUUAAAUAUUUUAAUACGUAUACGAACACUGAUUUUAUAAUGUCUAGUCUAACCGAAUCUUUAGUAAACAAAGUCGCUGAAAAUUGUAUAGAUUUAUACUGCAGAUUGCCCAAAACUGGAAAGCCCAAUGAAAAAGAAUGGACAGUUUUGUCAUGUUUUUUAAUAUAUAAUAAGAAAACUGACGAUAUCGAAGUGGUUUCUUUAGGUACAGGAUCGAAAUCCAUUGGCUCAUCCAAAUUGUCACCCAACGGCGAUAUAAUGAACGAUAGCCAUGCGGAAGUAUUCGCAAGACGUGGCUUUUUGAUAUAUUUAUAUGAUAAUAUAGAGAAAGCUUUGAAGCUAGAAUCUUCUAUUUUUGUAAAAGUUGGUAACAAGUUUCAACUGAAAGACAAUAUAGAAUUGAUUUUUUAUUCGUCCCAGUUACCUUGUGGUGAUGCUUCAAUAAUAUCAAAGAACGAGGCUGUGGUCAACUGUGGUGAGGUAUUACAAAAGAAAAGAAAGUUAAUGCAUGAUGAAACAGAAAUUGAUCCAAAAAAACAAAAAGUAAGUGAAGAUAUCCACAGAACUGGGGCAAAAUGCCUACCUCAUUCUACACAAGAUCUAAAACUCCCUGGUGCAGGCUUCCACAUACUUGGCCAGGUACGGACAAAGCCAGGAAGGGGUGAGCCAACAUUGUCUGUGUCUUGUAGCGAUAAGAUAGCCAGAUGGAUUCAUACAGGGGUACAUGGUGCAUUGUUAGACAUCCUCUGUGAUCCUAUUUACAUAAAAUACUUUGUAUUUGGAGGUGGUGUGCCAUAUUCCACGGAUUCGCUACAUAGGGCUUUUUUGGGAAGAAACCCAGAUUAUUCAGAUAAAAUACAAAUUGUUCCAGAAUUUUAUCAGUCAUCAAUACAGUUCCCAUAUAUUAAAGCAGAUAAACGUGCCAAUGCGACUCCAGGCAGUAUUCUUUGGGUGAAAUUGAGGAAUCCCAUAUUGGAGGUUGCAAUAUUGGGCAAGAAAUUAGGAGUAACAAAGAAGAAAUCCAAUUUGUUGAGCAGCUCAUUAUGUAUAAGCAAACACAAUCUUUAUAAAAGAUUUUUAGGUGUUCUUCUUAAGAUUGAAGAAUUAAAAGAAAGCGUUAUUGGUGCAGAAGAUGUUGCCAGUAUUCCAUAUAAUGUGAUGAAAAAGAAAUCAGAAAACUAUGUAAGUAAAUGGUUGAUGGUCAAAGACAAUUUUUUUAAGACCUGGACAACGAAACCUGAUUUCUGGAAUUUCUGUGUGGAUUUAACAUAAAUUUAUAUUCUCCAAGAAUAAAAUGUUUGUAAUA